AUUGAUAUGAUGAGAUAAACCCUAACUAAACCAACCCAUUUUCGCGGGGGGCGGCGUUGGUUCUUAAUUGAUUGAUGAAUGAACAUUUAUUUAUGCAACCCUUGGAGGAGUAGGAUAGGGCAAUUGCGUUCGUUGUUGCCGCCCUUCAGUUUGGGUGGUGGUGGUGGUGGUGGUGGUGCAUAUUCACUCGCCUGUUUCGUUCAACUGCUCAAAACCAACUCACAGAUACACUGCCGAUCUUGCUCAAAGGCUUCUCCUCAAAGUUAUAUCCAUCACCAUCAGCCAGAAAAAGAAGAAGAAGAAGAAGAAGCUCACAAACAAAACAAUAAGAUGACGACGAAGAAGAACAAAACAGAACAGCAGCAGACCGGUCGUGAGAGACAAGAUGACGACUUUAAAUCAAAUCCAAAACUCAAUCAACUUCAACACCUCAUACACUCCCACUCCGAUCCUUCUGGUGGUUGGGAGAAAUGCUGGGAGCAACAAGUGACCCCAUGGGAUUUGGGACAGCCAACUCCAGUUAUGCUUCAUCUUCAUCAGAUGGGUAUGCUUCCUAAGGGCAGGCUUUUGGUGCCUGGAUGUGGCAGCGGUCGUGAUGUUACAGCCAUUGCCAGCCCUGACCGCUAUGUUGUGGGGAUAGAUAUUUCAGACAAAGCAAUUAAGAAAGCAAUUGAGCUGUCAACCUCAUCACCAAAUGUUGAUUGCUUUACUUUUUUAAAAGAAGACUUCUUUUCCUGGCAACCAGACGAGUUAUUUGAUCUCAUCUUCGACUAUACCUUCUUUUGUGCUAUUGAGCCCAAUAAGAGACUAGCCUGGGCAAGCCGAAUGAGAGAUCUACUUAAACCAGAGGGGGAGCUCAUAACAUUGAUGUUUCCAAUUAGUGAUCACGUCGGUGGACCACCAUAUAAAGUAUCCGUUGCAGAUUAUGAAGAGGCGCUACUCCCCAUGGGGUUCAAGGCAACUUGUAUCAUGGAAAACGAGCUGGCCAUUGGAUCACGCAAGGGAAGAGAGAAGAUUGGUUGGUGGAAGAAGUCCGGUGGCCUUUCAUUCCUGUGAAGAUACAAAUACAAAUCAUUUGAACAAUGGUCAACAUAAUUAUAAUUGUAGCAAUCUUAUACAAUUACAAUUUUUUUGUACUUUUAGUGAGACCCCUAUAAAAAAUUUAUAAUAUGUAAUGUUGGUUGGUAUUUAUAGAUAUUGCUUCUCAAUGAGAU